UGGACAUGGACGCCCACCACCAUGUAAAUCCGACAGCCCUGUCGGCCAAAAAGCGAAAGCCGCGCCCCAAGCUCUCAUGCGUUCCCUGUCGCCAGAAAAAACUCAAGUGCAACCGCCUGCUUCCUUGCGACAGCUGCAUCAAGCAUUGUCGCUCCCACAUGUGCCAGUACGUGGGGCCGAUGUCCAGGAAGGAAACGCAGGGCAUCCAGAAUCAUAUCCAGAGUCUCGAAGCCCGCAUCCGGCAGCUAUCGGCCGUCGAUGUGCCGUCAUUAACCAGCAGCCCGACGGUUCCACCAGUGCAGCCCACCCCGGCAGAUGUCCAACCACCGCAGCACGCAGAAGAUCAAUCGGCGCCACAGACCAGCUACCCCGGAACUAUGCUGAUCAGCAACGAGCAGGGCACGAGCUAUCGCGACCCGACCCACUGGCAGGCGGUGCUGGACGAGAUCGCGGAGGUGAAAGAGUAUCUCCAGGUGAGUGAAGACACCUCCCCCGAAGACGACGCUGAAGGGGAGACCGCCGUCUCGGGGCCAGUUCUUCUGUUCGGGAAUGCCAUCUCCUGCACCCAGGCCGAUUUGCUCGCGGCGUUGCCGGCUCGGUCUGUCGCCGACCGUCUGGUUUCCUUCUAUUUGAACUCGAAAGAGGCUCCUCUCGUGGUGAUGCACAUCCCGACAUUCGCCAGAGAGUACGCUGCCUUCUGGAAGAACCCGGAGGCGGCAUCGCUCAACUGGCUAGCGUUCUUGUAUAGUAUCCUCGGGGCCUCCGCCGGCCUGCAUCUCUUCUCCACGUCCGGUCGCGCCGACGGCGAUCUGGCCGAGGCCUUCGACGAGUAUCAUCGCCGAGCAGCACACUGCCUCACCAUGUCGGGGUAUACGGACCCCGGGCGGUACAAGAUCGAAGCGCUCGUGCUUAACGUCGCGAGCGAGAUCCUCCGCAGCACGGACACCCAUGUCGGUCCGUCCGUGCUGCUGGGGCUGGCCAGCCGGCUGGCCAUGCACGCCGGCUAUCAUCGCGACCCGAAGCAUUACCCCGGAAUCUCGGUGUUCGACGGCGAGAUGCGCCGUCGCGUGUGGAUGUAUCUCUCGCUUCUCGAUCACUACAUCUCCCUGCAGGCCGGUCUGCCGCCGACGACCAUCCAGUCGUCGUCCGAUACCGACGAGCCGCGCAAUCUGACCGAUGACGACCUGGAUCCGUCCAUGACGACGCUGCCCCUGGCCCGCCUCCCGACCGAGAAAACACAUAUUCUCUUCCCAGCCACCCUGAACCGGAUCAUGUUUGUCGGCGCCGAGAUCAUUGGCAAGGUCUGUUCCGUCCGGGGCGUCCCCUACGACGAGGUCCGGCGCCUGGACGCGACUCUGCGACAGCUGCGGGCGACCGUACCCGCGCCGCUGCGAUUCCAACCGCUGGGGGACUCGAUUGCCGACGCCCCCACGACCAUCAUGGAUCGCUACAAUAUCGAUCUGAUGUACCAGAAGGCGCGGUGCGAUCUGCACCGGCGAUAUCUGGCCCAGCAUCGCCUGGACCCCAAGUACGCUUAUUCGCGCCGCGAGUGUCUGGAUGCCGCGCGACGCGUGCUGCAGCAUCAGUCCGACAUCUUCGACGCCAGCGCUCCCGGCGGCCAGCUGGGCUACGCCUCCUUCUUCUUUUCGCCCGUCGUCCUUAUGCACUUUCGUUCCGCCGCCAUGCUCGUGUCGCUGGAGAUUGCCUGCCAGUCCCGACACGACCUCAAGCAGAAUCUAUCCUCCGACCAGCGGCAGUCCAUUCUCGCGGAGCGGAUGCGGCUCUCCCAGGACCUGGCACGGUCCUAUAACAUCUGGAACUAUGUACGGCACCAGUCCAAAGAAGCUCUCAAGACGGCCGAGGCGCUCCAGAUCAUGUUGAAGAUUGCCACUACCCACCUGCAGCACGGGUCCACUCCGAGACAGGGAGAAUCUCCAGCGACCGGCAACUUCGGUUGUUUCGCUCCCGGGCACACAUUCACACCCAGUGACCAGGACCACCAGGAGCUCUUGCUCGACAGCCAUGAGACCAGUCCCUUGGAUGUCGACCUUAUGGACGCGACGUUUUAUCUGGGGCAGGACGCAUCGAACCAGACCGGCGCGACGCCCUUUGCCGGUUCCACGGACGUCGUAGAUUUCUACGAUCGAUACUGGGACAACCUCAUGUUAUUGGGUGAGGGUCAUAGCAUUCGUGACGUAGGCCUGGAUCAUGGGAAUUACGGUCUCUCCGAGUCGGGUCUUCCAUACGUAUAAUUUAGUUAGCCGACUGGUGCUAUGCAUGACGAGGAUA